UUGUUCGGUGCGCCUGCCUUUCACGCCUCGGCAAGCGGCCGAGGACCGCAUUUAAACCAAAUUGUUCGAUCUUGUCGACGCCAUGUGUAUCAAGUAACAACAUAAUAUUGAUCCGGAGAAAAAAUCUUGUGUACAACGAAGCAGACACAUUCAGAUUCCAAAUCCUUUUUGGUUUAUUCUUUUGAAUCGCCAAGGCAACGGCUUUGUUGGUUACCAUGAAAACACUCAGAACUUUAACUAACAAUCUAAGAAGACAUCGUGUGUGAAUCAUUGAUUGCAAUAACCCUUCAAAAUGAUAAACAUCAAAGGCCAAAUUGAAGGGUAUGAUAAGGCACGAGUUGGUAUUAUAUUCGACCAUGAUGAGCUUAGACCGGGUAUGACGGUCAAAGGUCAUGUACAGGUUAACCUGCAGACCCCGCUUGAGGUCCAUUAUGUUAAGAUACGGUUUCAUGGUCUUGGUCAGACGCACACAGCCGUUCACUCCACGGACUACAGCUAUGGUCUGGGUUACAACACAGAUGAUGGCGAUAAAGAUGUCUACCUCAAUGAACUGCUAACUCUGUACGAAGCGGACCCAGACAGUGAAGGAAUUUUAGAGGCAGGAAACCACACGUAUCCAUUUGAAGUGGAUUUUCCAGAGAAUAUGCCUUCUUCCUUUUCGGAACACAACGGAAUGGGUCACGUCAUCUAUCAUUGCCAUGUGCAGAUUGGGCGGCGUUUUGCGUAUAGUCCCGACAUCGCAAAAACAAAAUGGUUUGAUGUUCAUCGACCCCUCAGUUUAAAGACUAUUCCUGAAGCACUAGCCCCAUUAGACAUUAGGAAGGAAUGUACAGCGAGGUCAUGUUGCUGUCGCAGUGGAUCGGUUGACAUUCAACUAAAAUUAGAUAAAUCCGGUUAUAUUCCGGGGGACAGGAUAAAAUACGAAAUAAAUAUAAAGAAUAACACCUCAUCUGUUCUGAAAAAUAUGUGCAUCACAAUUCAAAGGUUAGUGAUUUAUACUGGACAUCAUGGAGGAUUUAAGAGAACGACGUCAGAGAAAAAGGUUUUCACUAUAGCAGAGAGAGAUCUAAGAUUAGGUUCUGGCGAAGAAGACACCGUCACUGGCUCCUCCAUAGGACAGGUGCCCGUUCUACCACCCUCAGGACUGCCCGGAUGUAAGAUCAUCGACAUUAAUUAUCACGCAAAGGUUGCCAUAAAGUUUGGUUUAUGUGGACUUUGUGAAUUCGAGGAUGUGAAAAUAUGGAUAGGGACAGAAGCGUGAGACAACGCCUUUCGUUGUAUUAAACAUUGUUCCAACUUUUCAACACAUUUUUUCGUAUUUUGCAAUUUUUUUUGUAUUGACUUCUAUCGAUAACGUAUUCACUAUAAAAUAUUUUCUUUCUCUGAAUUCAUUAUGCCAAAAAGAGACAGUGGUGAAAUUGUAUUUGUAAUUGGCAAUGUAAAUAUGGUAUUUCAUAGUUUAGAUUCCUCAACAUUUGACAAAUGAAGAAAAACUCUUUAAAAUGAGUGCAAUGAUAAGCUCUUGACUCUUUGUUCUUGAAAUCAAAAAAUAAAGAACAGUUAUUGUUUGUAAAGUUAUAUUUGCCUUUUUAUAUACUAGAACUGCAAAACUUGGACAUGAAAAGUAAAGGCAAGUUAAAAAAGUACUCAAGCUUCACAAGUUAUAAAUUUUGAGUUGUUCGAAUUUGUUACACAGCAAGAAACACUUUGUUGUUGAUAAAAACAUAAAUUAUGGAAUAAUAUUUCCCCUAUAAUUGAUAAGAAUGCAGAAGUUUUUGUAAGAUUGUGAUACUAAAAAAAGUGG